CAGCGCCUGGGACGGUUGCGGUGGGUCUGGGGCGCUGGGAAGUCGUCCAAGAUGAUUAAAAAAUUCGACAAGAAGGACGAGGAGUCUGGGGCCAAGACCACCUCCUGGGACCCAGCUGAUUGAAUGCUCAGGCCUCCAGAAAUGACUUGGCGUCUUGAUACCUACCUGUGGUCCACAUGGGGAAGAUGGCAAGCCAGUUCAAAAGAUAUAAAUACAUAAAAAAGGAGAGAAAGCUCAGUGUUAGCUGGUCUCACAAAGUGCAGUGGAGAUUGGGUAGUGGUUCCAAUCCUUUUCAGCAUCUGGAGAAGAGCGCUGUCUUACAGGAGGCUCGUAUAUUCAAUGAAACUCCCAUCAAUCCCCGGAGAUGCUUGCAUAUUCUUACAAAGAUUCUUUACCUACUCAACCAGGGUGAACACUUUGGAACUCUGGAAGCUACAGAAGCCUUCUUUGCAAUGACUCGAUUGUUUCAAUCUAACGAUCAAACGUUGAGGAGGAUGUGCUACCUUACUAUCAAGGAAAUGGCUACCAUCUCUGAGGAUGUGAUCAUUGUUACAAGCAGUCUGACUAAGGACAUGACUGGAAAGGAAGAUGUGUACCGAGGCCCAGCCAUCAGGGCUCUCUGUCGUAUUACUGAUGGAACAAUGUUACAAGCCAUUGAAAGAUACAUGAAGCAGGCCAUUGUGGAUAAAGUCUCCAGUGUAUCCAGUUCAGCACUGGUAUCUUCCUUACAUAUGAUGAAGAUAAGCUAUGAUGUGGUUAAACGUUGGAUAAAUGAAGCCCAAGAAGCUGCAUCAAGUGACAAUAUUAUGGUCCAGUACCAUGCAUUGGGAGUACUUUAUCACCUUAGGAAGAAUGAUCGUCUUGCUGUUUCCAAGAUGUUAAAUAAGUUUACCAAAUCUGGUCUCAAAUCACAGUUUGCUUACUGCAUGCUGAUCCGAAUUGCUAGUCGCCUACUAAAAGAAACUGAGGAUGGCCAUGAAAGUCCACUCUUUGAUUUCAUCGAGAGCUGCUUGCGAAAUAAACAUGAAAUGGUGGUUUAUGAAGCUGCCUCUGCUAUCAUCCAUCUUCCUAACUGUACUGCCAGAGAGCUGGCACCUGCUGUCUCAGUUCUUCAACUUUUCUGCAGCUCUCCUAAGCCAGCUUUGAGAUAUGCAGCUGUCAGGACCUUAAACAAGGUGGCAAUGAAGCAUCCCUCUGCUGUUACUGCCUGCAACCUGGAUUUAGAAAAUUUAAUCACAGACUCAAACAGAAGCAUUGCUACCCUAGCCAUUACUACUCUCCUUAAAACUGGAAGUGAGAGCAGUGUGGACAGGCUCAUGAAGCAGAUAUCUUCUUUUGUGUCUGAAAUCUCAGAUGAGUUUAAGGUGGUGGUUGUGCAGGCAAUCAGUGCUCUCUGUCAGAAAUACCCUCGUAAGCACAGUGUCAUGAUGACUUUUCUAUCCAACAUGCUUCGAGAUGAUGGAGGCUUUGAAUAUAAGCGAGCCAUUGUGGACUGCAUAAUCAGCAUUGUGGAGGAGAAUCCUGAGAGUAAAGAAGCAGGUCUAGCCCACCUUUGUGAAUUCAUUGAGGACUGUGAACACACUGUUCUGGCUACUAAGAUUCUACACUUGUUGGGCAAAGAGGGACCCAGAACACCUGUCCCCUCCAAAUAUAUCCGCUUCAUUUUCAAUAGGGUUGUCCUGGAAAAUGAGGCGGUCAGAGCCGCUGCUGUAAGUGCGUUGGCUAAAUUUGGGGCACAGAAUGAAAGUCUUCUCCCAAGCAUUCUUGUACUCUUACAAAGGUGUAUGAUGGAUACUGAUGAUGAAGUGCGGGACCGAGCUACCUUCUACCUGAAUGUGCUGCAGCAGAGGCAGAUGGCACUGAAUGCUACCUAUAUCUUCAAUGGUCUGACAGUCUCUGUACCAGGGAUGGAAAAGGCCUUACAUCAGUAUACAUUAGAGCCUUCAGAAAAACCCUUUGACCUAAAAUCAAUUCCUCUUGCUAUGGCUCCUGUCUUUGAGCAGAAAGCAGAAAUUACCCUUGUGGCUCCUAAGCCAGAGAAGUUGGCUCCUUCCAGACAAGAUAUUUUCCAAGAACAACUGGCUGCCAUUCCUGAGUUUAUGAAUCUUGGACCCUUGUUCAAGUCUUCUGAGCCUGUUCAACUUACAGAAGCAGAGACAGAAUAUUUUGUUCGAUGUAUUAAACAUAUGUUUACUGAUCACAUUGUAUUCCAGUUUGACUGUACCAAUACUCUCAAUGACCAACUACUAGAGAAAGUGACAGUGCAGAUGGAACCAUCAGAUUCCUAUGAAGUCCUGUGUUGUAUCCCAGCCCCCAGCCUGACUUACAAUCAACCAGGAAUAUGUUACACUCUUGUUCGAUUGCCUGAAGAGGAUCCUACAGCAGUUGCAGGCACCUUUAGUUGCACCAUGAAGUUUACAGUCCGGGACUGUGACCCUAACACUGGAGUUCCAGAUGAGGAUGGGUAUGACGAUGAGUAUGUGCUGGAAGAUCUUGAAGUCACUGUGUCUGACCACAUACAGAAGGUACUAAAGCCUAACUUUGCAGCCGCCUGGGAAGAGGUGGGAGAUACUUUUGAGAAAGAAGAGACUUUUGCUCUGAGCUCUACCAAGACUCUUGAAGAAGCUGUCAAUAACAUCAUCACAUUUCUGGGCAUGCAGCCAUGUGAGAGGUCAGAUAAAGUACCUGAGAACAAGAAUUCCCAUUCACUCUAUCUGGCAGGUGUUUACAGAGGUGGCUAUGAUUUAUUGGUCAGGUCCAGGCUGGCCUUAGCAGAUGGAGUAACUAUGCAGGUGACGGUCAGAAGCAAAGAGAGAACACCUGUAGAUGUUAUCUUGGCUUCUGUUGGAUAAGUACUUACUGGGCAAGAGAAAGUUGCAGUAUACUUCCCUCCUGUUUUAGGGUAAUAGCAUGAAUUCCCAAAAUAACAAAGAUUAAUAACUUUGGAGGAGCAAAUUAAAUGUUUUGGCCCUGAGCCAGCAGAUCAAACAAA